AUGACUGUAGAAGAGAAGAAACUCGACGUCGCCAGCGAAGCGGCCGUCCAGCCCACGUCUAGCAAUGACGAGGGGGAGAGUGAGCCACAGACCCGGCAGUUGUCGAGGGCCCUAAAGGGUCGGCAUAUGCAGAUGAUUGCGAUUGGAGGUUCUAUCGGUGCAGGUCUUUUCGUCGGAACUGGAGGCGCUUUGAGGACAGGAGGUCCAGCUGCUCUGCUUAUAGGUUUCAUCAUCAUUGGUUGUAUGAUGAUGUGUACCGUUCAAGCUCUCGGAGAACUUGCAAUCAUCUACCCAGUCAACGGAGCCUUUUACGAAUACGCUGUUCGCUUCAUCGACCCAGCUUGGGGCUUUGCCAUGGGCUGGGAGUACUCCAUCGGAUGGAUGGUCACCCUCCCCUUUGAAAUCACAGCCGCCGGCAUCACAAUCGAGUUCUGGAAGAGUAGAGAUGAAGUCAACCCCGGGGUGUGGUGCGCCGUCUUCAUGUCUCUCUUGAUCAUCAUCCAAGUAUUUGGAGUCCUCGAAUUCAUCCUAGCCAUCGUUAAGAUCAUCGCCUGCAUCGGCUUCAUCAUCCUCGGCAUCAUAAUCAACGCCGGAGGCGUACCCACAGACCCGAGGGGCUACAUCGGCGCGCAAUACUGGCACGAUCCAGGCGCUUUCAGAAACGGAUUCCAGGGGUUCUGCUCCGUCUUUGUGACCGCGGCCUUCUCCUUUGGCGGUACCGAAAUGGUAGGCCUCGCCGCCGCCGAAGCCACAAACCCGCGCAGAACCCUCCCGAAAGCCACCCGCCAAGUCUUCUGGCGCAUCACCCUCUUCUACAUCCUCAACAUCUUCAUCAUGGGCCUCAUCGUUCCCUCGGACAGCGACGUCCUUCUCGGCGCCAGCGGCGCAAAUACAAAGGCGUCCCCCUUUGUCCUGGCUGUCCAGCUUGCAGGAAUCCAAAUCCUUCCUCACAUCAUCAACGGGGUAAUCACCUGCGCCGUCAUCUCCGUCGCAAACAGCUGCACCUAUGGCUCAACCCGCGUCCUCCAAGCCCUCGCCCAAUCAGGCCGCGCCCCCGCCAUCUUUGCCAAAAUCGACAAGUCCGGCCGGCCUAUCUACUGCGUCGCGCUCCAAGUCGCCUUCGGCUUCAUCUCCUUCAUCACCGUCGCCGCCGACAGCAAGACCGUCUUCAACUGGCUGCUCGCCGUCACGGGCCUCUCGGGCCAGUUUGCAUACGCGAGCAUCAUGAUUGCGCACAUUCGGUUUCGCAAGGCGUGGAGGAUGCAAGGGAGGAGUCUGGAGGAGAUUCCGUGGAGGUCUGCGUUGGGGGUGGUGGGGAGUUAUGUUGGUGUGUUUUUGGUUUGUUGUUCGCUUGCUGCGACGUUUUAUUCUUCUCUCUUUCCUGUCGGAGGAAAGCCGAGCGCAGAAUCAUUCUUUCAGGGAUACUUGGCUGCUCCUAUCACCAUCUCUCUCUUCUUGUUCUGGAAGGUCUAUACUAAAGAUUGGGGAUUCGGUGUCGACUUGCACAGCGUUGAUCUUGAUAUGGGAAGAUGACCUGAGGAGGAGCUUGACGAUGUCUACGAAGGGAUGGAGAAGAAGACGAGCAUGUGG